AUGGUUAAAGAUGAAAUUAACAAAGGAAAAUCUAGAGUUGGGAUGGGUUUGAAGGAGUUCGAAGAAGAAGAGAUUAGGUCUAUUGUAAUGGGAGUUGAAGUGACCAUUACUCAGAGCCACAUUGUUCAUCUUAUUAGCGAAUAUGGCCAGCUUAUGAUAAGGAAGGUUGAGGAGUUUGUUGCAGCUAUUCUAAUGUCUAUUGCAGAAUCUUCUAUAGUUGGGGUUCAAAAGUUGGAAGUAGCUACUAUAGAAACUCAGCCUCCAAGAGCUUAUAUGGAAUCUGCGAAAUAUGAUGAAGUUAUCUUAAAUUUUGUUGGAGAAACUUUUAUUGUAAGGUUCAUCAACUGUCAUUAG